AUGACAUUAAGCAUGCUGUCGAAUGUAUUAGUUUCCCUCACGUUCAUUUCCAUCACCUAUUAUAAGGGAACUGCAAUUUAUCCUGAGGAAACCUUUAGUUUAGAAAUGAUUUCUGUAGAAUUGAUGGUUUUGGCCAAUGUUCCCCUUGCUUUGACAUUUCUCUCCAUUGUCAUGAAAUUGGACAAAACCAAACGAAGAGUUUCACUUUAUGGCAUUGUUGUUUUUUGUUUCAUUUGGGUUACCGAUAUACACCCAGAAAGUGACACGUGUCAUUGCAUUGCCAUUUGUGUUGGUGGCUCUUGUAGUGUGUUGGACAGUCAUUCUCAUCGAUACAGUUCGAACUUAUCGAAUGUUGAAGAAGAACAAUGUCAAGGUUUCUUUUUCCAAUUUAGGUUUUCUCGAUAUAUUUUCAUUCCAAUUACAUUGUCAAUAUACUUGCUGUAUGACAUUCCUGCUGAAGCUGGUCUGAUUACUGCAUCGUUUAGUAUUGACAUUUUCUGGGCCUUCAUGUGGAAGCACCGAGUGGAAGUUUAUAUGAUUUGUAUUUUGAAUUGGGGACUUGUUUAUGUUCUUUUUAACAAGAAUCGAUUCUUGUAUUGUUAUCAAAAACCAUUAUCGUUAUGCAUGUCUCAGGAUGCCAUUCGAAAGAUCAAUAAGGAUCAAAACAAGGAACAAAAUAAUUUGUAA